AUGGAGGCCCAAUAUCUCGGCCUGGAUGCCAUUGGGUGGCAUGACAUGCUGAGUACAUGGUCAGGCAGGGUCCUGGCCAUUGUCACUUUCAUCACCAUAAUUAUAGGCGGGCUAUAUAUUAUAUACCUCACUGGGCGGGCUGUAUUCACGCAUUGGAAUCGACGGCGCAAAGUAUCCAGAGCCCCUGCUUCGAUUACCGGUUAUUUAGAUUCCCUAAAGGAAACGGCGCAGCCUCUUCGUUCUCGCGAGAAACCUCCCAGGAGCCUCAAGACAUUCGGUGUGUAUCUUGGUGCACUUGCCGAUCCUCCUACUCCAGCACAGGGACGGCUGCUGUUACAAUGGGACGCCAUCGUGGUCGACCCUUUGCAACAGGGCGUCGUAAAUGCAGUCAAUAGAUACUGCAGCUCGGCACAUAUACUCGGUCGACUCGAUGUACAGGGCUGUUUGGGCUCGAAUCGCAGCACUACGAAUGACCAGAUUAUUCAGGCACUAGGAACUAUCACCCAGAGACUCGCCUCGUCCUUUACGAGCAUUGCCACGCACCAGACGCCAUUUCACGGAAUCCUUUUAUCGAACUGGGAGGCGUACUUCGAACCCGUUGUGCUUAGCCAUUUACUUGAAUACAUCAACCAUAUCGGCCUCGACGUCUGGCUGGAGAUAUCAGGAGACUCCAACGAAAGCCAGUACGACGGCGUCGACAUGAGCCACGUCCAAGGCAUCGCCUUCCAAAACGGCACUAUCCGUAACGAUGGACACCACCAGGACUACUUCCAGAUGUCCAAGACACGGUCUCUUAUGAGGGCUCUGGCUGGCCAGAAACCAGCAGGAGGUUGUAGCUUUGCCAUGUGGGAGGUAGUUGACGAUGAAGUGACUAUCCCUCAUGCUGUUAUGCGGCGUACACUCAAAUGGUGCAAUUAUAACACUGCCAUGGCCUGGAUUGGCCCUCUAUCUGCCCUGGUGGAUGCGGAUAUUGCUGCGUCUCGCACGGUAAUCAAGGAGCCACUGUCAGCGCUGGUCUGGCUACGGGAUGAUGCAGUGGCAAGGGCACACGAUCACUGGCGAUUUAAUGAUACGAUCCUGCAGAGCCCCUCUGGGAACGAUGAUUUAUACGGGGCAUUAGACAGCUUUGUUCCUGGUCUCGCCACGAAGUUACAAACAAUUUAUCCUACAAACGUCAUCACAACGAACAGCUUGGAAAGAAAUAUCAAUGAGGCAUAUCCACCGUUUCAGAAUGCACAUCUAGACCCGUUUUCUCUAUCCCCUGACGGCACCGACUACACCGGCCUGGGCUGCUUCCAGCUCGGGCUUGACUGCUCUACCACGGAAAUAAAUGAUCUUUUGGAAGCACAGAGAUGUCUCCGCGAGUCGGACCUUCUGGAGCGCCUUCAGCAAGAGGAACUGGACGGGAUACUCUGUGGGUUAAGUCAAAUUGAACCAGAGAGUGACACCUCCACCACCUACUCCAGCAUCCAGGAAUUGAUCGAUAUGCUUUCCAGAGGUCCCUCUGAUACUCACAAUGUCCGAGUCUGGGUCGGUCUGCACUCCGGGUUUCGCACUCGCAGUGAAGCACAGGUCUGGGGGAUGUAUGAAGUUGACUCUGUUACUGGGACUAUGGAUAUAUAUCUCUCCAACAGAACGACGGAUCGUGCAGGGACAAUACUCCAUACUUUCCUGUCUAGUCGAGGAUUUACGCGGUUUGAGUGUCUAAUGGCAGAGAUCUCGCUCUCUGAGGCCAACGAAAAACUCUGCUCGAAAUGGGGACUGUCUCCCCGUCCGGUUCAUGAUGUGGAAGCCCUCACUCCAGUAGAGCUACUUCUAUGGGUGCAACGAUUGAACCACUCGACGUGUGAAGGCUCCCUAGCACUCGCAGAGAAGGUGAGAGCUAUCUGUAAAUACCAACUCUUGGACGCACCCAAAUCGGCCCAGCUUCGACGCACGGCCUCGGUGGAAUAUCUCGGGGGUAGGCUCACGGCUGAACAGCUCGUGCAGAGUCGCCUGGAAUGGUACCAGAGCCAGCGCAGUCCAUCUCUAGAAUAUGAAUCUGCUAUGGGACUAUUCAGGGAGAUCGGUGACUUCAUUGAGGAGGCUCUUCUUCAACAAGACAGCAGCACCCUUGAGAAAGUGGCUGUGGUAAUGGACUCUGUUCUGCAGCCAUCAUGUAUCGACGUCAAGACAGACUUUCUUGCCAUGUCCAUUUUCUGCGCCGUCCGUAAACUGGCCCUCAAUGAAGUCUAUCUCGAGGUGCUUGACCGGAAUCCUGGACCCAAUCUACACCAUAUCCAAGCAGCGUGCUUUGCUGAAUUCUACGCGGUGGGAGCGCGAUGCGACGCCUAUUUUGAUAUGACGCCGAAUGAACUGGGCAGGAUCCUGUUUGGCAAAAUCCGUGAAUAUCAUUAUGAACAUCAGCCCCCUCUACCUGAGGAAGACACGACUGAGCUGCCUACCACUUAUGCCUCUAUGGAUGUCGAUUUGGAUCCAGACGCAGCUGAGGAGGACAUGCCGCUGCACUACCGCAUCACCUUUCUCGGCAUUUUUGCCAUCCCUGCCCUAAUAGAUAUCUCUCUGCUUACAACAAUUGGCCGUGGGCUCUACCUGUCGGCCUUUAUGGAAGAUACAGAUCAAACGGCAGCAACUGCAGCGCUAAUGGUGGCAUUGCUCCUCGGUGGCGCUUUCGGUACCUGGAUCAGUUCCGGGGGGAGCUAUUACUUCUACUCCAUGGCGUUCCCUGCAACAAGCAUGUUUGUGAUGACGCGUUUCAUUGCCGGGCUGGCCGUUGUUUUGUUGGUGGGCAUUGUCACAAUGAUCGGGAUUGGAAUUGCGCAGUCUUUUCGCUCGGGUGUUAUAUUCCUCGUAUAUCUGGUCCUCUUGACAGCAUACCUGAUGGUCCUAUCUAUAUUGUCCAUAUAUCAGAUGCCUGGCCAUCAGUUCCAAUCGGGCCGUGUGGUGGUCGUGACAUGCGUCCCAAUUCUUCUCCUCUCCCCCUUGCUCACUACGUGGCUGCACCAUGACAUCGUCAUAUAUCCAUGUGUGCUGGCCUUCUUCUUAGCAGUAUUGCUAUUUGCUGCUCGACGGGUGAUAUCCAAGUGGAAUAAUUGGUAUUUCGAUAUACCAUGUGUGACUGAGCAGGAGAUAGUCGGCUGGUAUCAGAAAACAUAUAUGCCAGCUGUUGCAGAGAUGCCAUCGUACUUUACGAUACGUCAGAUACUUUGGGACUGCGUUAAAAAGGAAUGUGCAUCCCAUUCCUGGUCGAAGCCUACAUCCGACCCUUUCAUCCGACGUAUAGCCAAGGGCUAUCCAGCCUCAAUAUUCCUUCUUACAUGGUACUGCAAGUACACCCGGACGCGGCUCCCUCUACCCUACAGUCCGACAUGGAACCUGCAGCUCAAAUCAGGGACCGAGACUCUAGUCAACAUCCAAAGAGGCUUGAAACUGCACAGCGCAUUCCUCCACUGGGUACACUCCGGGCAGGAAGUCUGGGGCGGACUACUCUUCUUUGCCCUCGCACUAAUGGACAAAUGGACUGCACUACUCACCGGAGAAUCCAUAGUUGGGCUGUCUGUCUCGAGUGAGACAUUUAGGCUGGCUGUCGGGUUUGGACUUGCUUAUUACCUCAUGGGCGCAGUUAUCCUUGACGCUGUUUCCCAGCCAUUAUGGGCCAUUGCACACCAGCACACGUCCGAGCAGGUUUCCAGUCUUGACUCCCUCCACAGCGCAGUCCUCAACAAUAGACUCAAGCGUCGGUCUCUAUACUGGUCGAAGCUCCUCAAGUACAGUCUCCUGCACAUCUGGGGUCUGGCCGUGACAUCUGCCUUGAUGUGGUCUCUUGAGUCCUCCCGCAGCGCUACGCAGAUGUAUUUGGCAUACGUCGGCGCAUACAGCGGGCUACUCUGGUAUCAGUACAGCAGGAUAUAUGUCCGCCAUCGGGCCGACGGUGCAGUAGCCCUUGGCACAAUUGUGGGUUUCAUGACAUGCCUCUUGUUGCGCCUCAUACCGGAUGGGUUUCCCUUUGGCGGUGUUAUCGGUCUGGCAGCUGGUACUUGGACUACAGCGAUCUUGUCAUUUCUCAAGGCCGACGUCAGACAAACUCCUAGAAAUAGUGAGGAUAACACCGGUGAGGUGGCUGUAUACACCUGCAGCACCCUGGAGCCAGACGCGGAGAUUCCACAGGGCACAUUGGUGGGUGUCUUUGAUGGAAUUCAAUCAAUGCCCCUGAAUCUGCGAUAUAGGAUAGAUCCGGCUCGGUAUUCUGGGGUUGAGGUUAUGAGGAUACUUCGCUCACGAAGCCAGUCUGAGCAGGCCCAUUAUUCACAGGCGUUUCCUAAGGGUGCGGACAUACUACGCCGUACAGUCGAGUUAUGGGAGUCCGGACGUAUACUGGUCGAGCUCGUCUCUGCCAGUUCUUUACUCAGAUCAGAAGAGAACUCCUUCCGCUGUUUAAGCAGAAAGACUCCGGACUUACUACACAUAAUUGUUAUCGCACCUCUGGACCUAGUCCAAGAUACGCUCCAGGGAAGAUGCUAUGCAAUCGCAGAAGCACUCGUAUCAAGCACGGCUGAAAACUACCUUGGCCUGUCGCACGACCAUGCGAUGCUCACUGAGUUGCUGGUUCAUGAAAAUUCGCAUGAUACACUGCCUAUCCCUGAAGGCAUAAAACGGCAGCUCCAGGUCUCUUGCCGGGACCGACGAGAGCUGAUAUCAGACACUCAAAAAGCCGUUCUUCGACAUCUUCUCCUUGGAAUUGAUAUUGAGCAGGAGUGGGACAUCCUACCCGGUGACGCUCGCAGGUUCCUCUUGCAACGGGCAUGCGGGCAGCCAUACCGUCUAUCUACAUCCCAGGCGGAGUGGAUCCAAUCCAGGUUCAAGUUGACGGAUUCCACGGACCUGGAUGUCUGGCUCGCCAGAUACGAUCUGAGUGCUUCACUCGCUGAGGCUGUGGGGAGCUAUGCCCAACGUAUUGCUGAUGAGACGGCCGUGACGCCCUUGACGAACCCGAGUCAAAACAGACCGAUAUCGUCCCUCCAGCUUAGUGACGAGCAGGUAACAGGGCCUUCCUCACGCGUCAAAGCGAGUCUCCUCCGAAUAUAUCUAAAGAUCAAGUCGAGCAUUAAAUUCACGGUCCUUUCGCUGGUCGCUGAUCCCGAGUACCAGCGAGAGCUGGACUAUAUGCUUCGCACGCAGCCCUUGAUCCUUUCGUGGCCGUUGAAGCGCUGCCUCGCAUGUAUCUGGUCGUUCUGUAAAGUGUUGCAGGAUCUUAUCCUCCCGCUUGUCCUGCUGCAUGGUCGGAGGCGAAUAUCCUCUAUUUAUAGGUCGAUGAAGGGGCAAACAUUAACCCUGGAGAAGGAUCGGCUUACUUUAGAUACUUUGGAUGGUGCGUUCACUUGCUUUAUGCACUUGGAAGAUGCGCCUUCGCGGUUAUAUCAAUAUUCUGGCCGAUAUGAGGAGGAGCCAACCGAAAGGACGAACUUGGUUGCAAUCAAUACGUAUACAAGUGACGCGCAUUUACGAUCCAGAGAAGAGUACGAUAAUAAGGGGGCUUCGAUUAACCGCUUUGUCUAUGAAUAUGGGCAGGUGUCUGAAGCACGCAUGGUGCCACUACAACGGCAGUGUGUUGCGGGCAAGCUUCAGUCAGAAGUGGUUUGCUAUAAUCGUCGAGGAUUUGUUAUCUCUGGUUCAGCCCUAAAAGGAGACCAACCUGUCCAGUUUCAAUAUUGGUACGCGAAGAACGCCAGAUCAGCCAGUGACCUUCUGCGAGGGGAGUAUGUCUUUCCACAUAUCAAGAUCCAAGUGGCAUGGAGUAUACCGCCGCAUUCAGGGAAACUGGAUGAAUGGAUCCCCUAUCCUUUGGUUACCAGGGCACUGUUUAUUCAAGGUGACAAGGUGUACAGUGCCGAGUGGCUCUAUGACCAUAGAUUCCACCCGACAAUAAGAGCAACCCUUAACGGGGAUGAGGUCCCUGUACCGCCCAUGAUUUCUGAAGACUGGUUCAAUGUGCUUCAGAAGCCGACAAGGAACAACUUCCUGUAUGACAAUCCGUUGGCGCUAUUCUCUGGUAAAGUUAGUGUAUUGUCUCGCCUCCUCCGACGCAAUAUCAAACAGCAUCCGGUGUCGAUAUCCCAAGGCCGAACGUAUCUCUGGAAGUCCUGGCGGACAUCCAAUGAAGUCGAUGCAGUUACUGCCAGAUGGCUAGACGAAAUGAUCCUGCGGUCAAGCCAGGCAUUGAAGCCCUACUGGCGGCGACGAGACCGGGCCAAUCUCGAGGCAGCAGCCGAGUAUCUAAACGAGCAUGCAGACGCCAUUGUCGCAGAUGUCGAUCUCAGCCACGAAGUCAGCUCCUGGGCUCCUCUCGCAUUCAAGCUCAGCGAUUUAGCCAGUUUCGGUCAGGGCGGAGAUGCAAGAAUAAACACACGAACGCUCUCGACACAGCUGAAUGAUAGCAGUAACGAACUGCACGUUCUAGCCAUGGAUACGGGGACUUGGCCCAAUGAGCCAGGGGGUGUCUCUGCAUGCCGUCGGGAUCUGGUAAACAACCUGAAACAAAUCAGGUGGCAUAUUAUUGCUGAAUCUGCGAAUGAUUUCGGUAUCCCCCGGUUCCAGGUCGAGCAUAACGUGCACUCCCUGACAAUCCUGCCGCAGUGGGGGUUGGACUUCCUGCAUCCAACGCAUGGGAUCUUCCAGAACUGUUUGCAUUCUGCUAUUGUCGAGAGGGCUUGGGGUAUUACGGAUGCUGAUAUCCGUGCUAAUUUCAUCCCUGUACUAUCUACCCUUGUCCGGUGCGCGCGCAUGGGCCAUCUAGAUCGGGUGCAUGUCAAGGAGGCGACUCAGGCAUUGGUGGACUUGAAUGCCUACUUUGAAUCGUCUAGGAGCUGGAAUGAUGUCUGGAUGAGCGAUACAGUGAAGCAGGCAUGGCGAGAGAUGUGGUUGAGCGAGGAUAUAGAGGGGGCAACCCCUAUCUCGCAGUGGCUGGACGCUGAAAGGCCCACGAUUCCACAGCUGGACAAUGCGUUGGAUAUGUGGCAUCGCUAUCUAUUUAUCUUCUCCAUCCCUGUCCCCGAAAAGAUCCCUGGUGUGUUCCAGGUCUCCCACCACUGGACAGGAGCUACAUACGGGGUGCUAUGCAAGAUGAAGCGCCAGUGUGUCCUACAGCUCUGGGACCACUGUAUCAGCUUCCGUGAGAUAGUUGCGUAUCUAUCAUCGGCAUUGUCCCUGGACUCGAUAUUCGUCAACCAUGCUCUUAUCAGUCUCGCUCAUCUGUCCUGCGUGCUUAUCCAAUAUCAUGCAGAUAUCAUUCUCCCAUGCACUGAAUACUUCAACCCAGGGUGGGAAAUUGAGCUUGGAACAUGCGAAGGCACAUUACAGCAUCGCCGGCUCUUCAGCCGCAAGAUAGACGCCGUCGUGAACGGGAUUGCAGACAUGGACAAGUAUAAAGUCAAUAAAGGGUCCGGGGCAGAGAAACCCACCGUCGUGAUGUUAUCGCAUGUUCGCUAUGUCAAGGACGUCAAAACGGCUAUAUUGGCCGCUGAUGUGAUUAUCAACACCUGGGGCUUCGUCGACUACCAGCUCAAGAUAUACGGCGAUAUGGAGCGGUCACCGGCAUAUUCCUCCGAGUGCCAGCAGAUGAUUGACUCCAAGGGCUUGCGCGAGAAUGUCUUUCUCAUGGGACUGGGGGAUCCACUGGUAGCGCUUGAAGAUGCGUGGCUGUUCAUGAACUCCUCCAUAUCUGAAGGCCUUCCCCUGGCCAUGGGCGAGGCAGCUCUCACCGGUGUGCCCGUGGUCUGCACGGACGUCGGCUCGUCCUUCUGCGUGGUAACCGGCAGAGACUCAGGGGAAAGAUUCAGCGAAGUCGUUGCGCCGAAUGAUCCUGCUUCGCUAGCAGGGGCCCAGAUCCGCGUCCUCGCAUUACUGGGACAGUGGGCUGCUUUUGCAGGUGACAAAGAUGGGUAUACUCCGCCUACGCUGUCGCUUCAGCCGUCUUUGGAAGAGGUACAGCAGAUCUCGCAGCGUAUGUAUGACAAGGCCGAGCAGCGCCGUAAGCUGGGGAUGUUGGGCCGGGAGAAUAUCUACAAGAACUUCUCUAGUGAGCGGUAUCUCCGUGAGCAUGAGCAGAUGCUGUGGCUGGGGAAGUAUCGAAGCAGAGUCUUUGACUGUGAGCGGAGUUCUGGUUCUUCUGGGACCAAGCUUGAGUCGUCUACUGUGGUGGUUGAGGAACGCUCUGAUAUUAGUUGA